UCAUGUGGAAGCCUCACUCGUUUCAAUAGUAAAUUUGUGCAUCAUAUAUAAAGAGUGGUGCCAUGAGAACUAGUUAGUGCAGUUGAAAUGGCUGCUCCUGUUGCUAUAGGGACAAGGGGCACUAUUGGAUCUCUAGUCAGGAAGGAAAUUGAAUACUUCACUAUGUUUGAGUUAGACAGAAGAGGAUGCUCAAAAAAGCCUCAGCAACAAUUUGUGGACAUGGUUUCUGGCAGAAGCUAUUCCAUUUCAAGGCCUAGUUUCUGGGAGUUGCUAACUACAUGGAAGAGGAGGAAGAGAAGAGGCUCAAGUGGGUUCCUUCCAAAAAUUUGUUCUGCUGCUGAAGUAGCUGAAGGCAAUCAGUUAAACCAGAUUCCUGGUUACAGCUACAGGAUCCUCAGGAAUGAUAUCAACAGCUUUCAGCUCUAAGUGACUCUUGAGUUAGUGUGCACUAGCUUUUUGUGGGGAACCAAAACUUACAAUAUAUCAUUUUAUUCUUCAUGCUAUGUUGCCUCUCUUGGGCAACUUUUUUAAAUUUUAUGCUCAUGUCAUUUUCAUUUUUUGUCGCAUCUUGUGCUUCAAUGCCUUAUUACUGCUGGCUUUUCAGAUGUCAGAUUCAGUUUAAGAUCAGCUUUCUACUAGUAAAUGGAUGAUGGCAUGUUCUACAUA